AUGCGGCGCUGCUGGCCACCCGCGACCGAAUAUACGGCCGGCCGUGGCCUGCAGGUGGCGCCGGGGGAAGUCUGCAACAUCACUAACGCGGUGGAAGUGUUGCUCGCCACCCUGGUCUGCCACCGUGAUGUCCUGCCUCCUCCAACAGGACGUGGCCAUCGCCGGCAGGCGCAGCAGUAUAGGCGCGCUGCGGGUAUACUCGGCGUCGGCUGGGCGUUCACAUCCUACCGCGACGGCGUGAUCACCGGCAAGGAGGAGGUGCCAUCGUACCGGCCUGACGAACGAGGGGUACACGCCAUUAAGCGAGCUGCUGGUCAACUCCGGGCGACGCUGCUAGAGAGGAGGAUAUAUAUGAGGCGCUGUCCGGUAGGAUCGGCAUCCGACAAGUACUUCGUCUGGCGGCCCGGGCUAGAGCGCAAUUCAAAUCUCUUCAUCGUUCGCCCUGCCCGGGAGCCGGAAGAUAUCACGUAUUCGUAA